AAUUGCAUUAUCGCAGGAUCGUUCGCUCACGGAUUCACGUACUCCGGUCAUCCUGCGCCUUGUGCUGUUGCUUUGGAGACUCUUAAGAUUUAUAAGGAGAGAAAUAUCCUUGAACAUGUAAAUGCUAUUGCGCCGAAAUUCCAAGAGGGCAUUAGACAAUUCUCAUCAAGUCCCAUAAUUGGAGAGAUACGCGGGGAAGGGUUGGUUCUCGGGACCGAGUUUACCGACAACAAGUCUCCGAAUGAUACAUUUCCUCCGGAAUGGGGGGUCGGUUCAAUUUUUGGGUCGGAGUGCGAGAAGCACGGGUUAUUGAUUCGGGUCGCAGGCGAUAGCAUAAUGAUGUCUCCACCACUUAUAAUUUCUCCAAACGAAGUAGACGAGUUGAUAAGCAAAUACGGAGAAGCCCUGAAGAGCACAGAGGAAAGAGUUGCUCAGCUGAAAUCUCAGGAGAAAAUUUGAAGCAAAAAAAUUAAACUUCUCUUUCGAGUUGUCGAAUUCGCGAAUGUAUGUACACAAAUAAUUUGACUUGUUUUAGUUGCUAAUAAAUGGAUUAGCCAAAAAUUGUUCUUGGGCUUGAGAAAAAGAUCAUUGUUAUGAAUUUAUCUAUCUUAAAAAUCCCUUUUUUAUUCUCUCAA